AUGCUCGACUUUGUAGACGGCGCAUCCGCGCAUGAAAAAAGUUACAUCACGAUUGGCCAGAUCCUAGAAGACGCGAACCCUGAAUCGAAAAAAGCGCCCUUUUCGAUAAUAUCAAAACAUACGCUUGUGCAUACUACAGAAUUUAUCCUGCCAAGGGAUGUCUACACCGCGACAUGGAGCUCAAUACAGGAAAAGGUCGAAACGCCACGAUACAUCCAAGUCAUUAUGCCACUCAUCGCAUUGAUUGAAGGUGACUUUUUUAACGAUUUUGUCAAGCCUGGAUCUGUUUCGAUGCUGUCAGAAGGUCGGCCUGGAGUAGACGAUUUGUUCUCGUUAGAGCAAGGAAUCCUUACCCUCCAAAUGAGCAGAGAAAAAUACGAACGCACCGGCCUCACAGGAAAACCAAUCCGCAGUGGAGGCAGAAAACAUGCAAAGGAAAGAUUCGUAAUCGAGCUUGAUCUCCGCCAGCCGUCGAUGUUGCACGGCAAGAAAGGAUUCGAACGGAUCGUCUGGGCUUGUCGAAAUGUACUCAAUGCCUCGGUCACCUGGCUCCUGGCUUGCAAUGCGCUUUCCCAAACCUCCCUAGACAAAGCUGCCGCUGCCCUCCAGAAGUAUCAGCCUAGGCUUCUAGACUGCCACCUUGAGACAAUCGCGCACCCAGUCGUCAAUGUGCCGCCCCUUUCCAUGGAUGAGGUGCGCUCGCAGUCUUCGCCAGCUGACUUGGAGGACUAUUGUAACGAUGUCUCCGAAUGGCUUGGUCUGGUCUCUCUACAAUCCCCUCGUAUCUCCGUAGACGAUGUAAUCGAUACAUACCUAAGUCGCUAUGCCGUGCCCCGGUCCGAGUCCCUACAACCCCAGUCUACGGCUCUAUUGUUUACUUCUUAUCUCCUAGAACGAAGGCUCCACACCGACAAACUGAGUUCCUGGAGUGCUCUUUCUGCGUCAACGUUCCGUCGAGUGGCAGUUGAGAAUAGUGAUGGAUAUACAGUUCUGUCAAUGGCAGAAAGUACGAAACCCAGAGAAAUUGGUUUUGUAGCCUGGGAGUUCGUCGGCGCCUCGCUGUCUGCCUGA